CCUGGCAGACUACUGUUUGUUUAGGUAGCGACGGGAACGACCGUUCGAGCAACAACAUUUUUACUGGAAAUAUAUCGAAAAUGGACCGUUGAUUCAAUCAGUAAAGAGGUAUAUGAUUGAUUACAUAUAAGUAUCGUCGAAAAUCGUGGAAAAAUGGAGUUUACAUUCAACGUUAAUCAUCUUUUUGGUGAAAGUAUUGCAGUUGUCGACAGAGAUCUGAGGCCGUAUCGCACACACUCUCAUGGAUCCGAGGACCACCAAGCAAAUCUGGAGAAGGUGAUUGAUCAGAUGGGGAUGGCAUCGUCAAAGGCCCAAGGUUUAAAGCAUGUCAUCACCACGGCUCGGAGACUGCGUUUUACAGACAAUAAACUGUAUGUUGUCACAGAUCCCAUGGCUAAUGGUGAACUUGGAGCAGUGGUAGGCAUUCUGAAAACAGGGAGGAAGAAUCUAUUCGUUCUUGAUCACCAUGGUAACCAGACAGAGAUGCAGCCCAUCUGUGUCCUGGAUUUCUACGUCCAUGAGUCGUGCCAAAGGAAGGGAUACGGCAAGAAACUAUUUACACACAUGCUUCAGGCUGAAGGCGUGAAACCACAUCACCUCGCUAUAGACCGUCCAUCACACAAGUUCCAAUCAUUCCUUAUGAAGCACUACAAACUCAGAGCUACAAUUCCUCAGGUGAAUAAUUUUGUAAUAUUUGAAGGAUUUUUCAACAACCAACCAGAGACCAGCUACUGCAGGAAGAGGGCCAUGGGUAAGCCACCUGUCCCCCCUAACAACAGACUAGUCCACCAGCCCUCGCCCACCACGCCCCAUCGGAACGCUACCUCAUCAGGUGUGUGGGGUGGGGGGACCAGUCCGUCCCCUGUAACGGCCAGAAAGAGGGACAAAGAGGUCCUCAGGGAUGUCAUACCGCCCUCUAGAGGUUCACUAUCGUCCAGUGGCUCCAACGACGGUGUUGCCGGUUUAGAGCUGUCAGGGUUGGAGAUAUCAACCCGGGGGAUGGGAGCCCAGGCUAGUAGCUACAGCAGGUACGCCCAGAGCUCGACCCCGCCCGUUGGUAGGGCAGGUAGUGCAGGGAGUAGGCGUGGCUCUUUCACCAAUUCACCCAUCGCGGGCAGUCCUUUACAAGGCUUUUCUGUGGGUGAGCAGAAUCGAAGGAACUCGUUGGACAACCCCAGGAGAGGUGUCGCAAACGGCAAUCAACCCAAUACUUCCAAAGUGAGCAGCAGCCCACCCCCUUUUGGCCACAUCGGUGCCUUCUCUACGUACAAUAGCCACCUUCAGACUCAGUCCAGGAACGGCCAUCUCAAAGUCUUGCCAAACAGUACUCCGAUCACGAAUAACAGACUAGACAAUCAGGUUACAUCAAACACGGCGCCAACGUCCAACAGCCAGCAACAGCAGCAGCAGAACUCCGCCCACAACCCCUCAGGCAACUAUGUCAUCGACUACACGCCCCCUCAGAAGGUCAUGCACUCUUCCUGGAAUGUGAUGGGGAUUCCCCCCAGCGGCAAGACUAGGGGAAGCCCCAGCAGCAAUCAGAACAAUACCCCAUACAAGGGGGGAAGCCCCGCCUACCAGCAGAGCCCCCAGGGGCAGGGUCAGGGUCAGCAGGGAAGCCCCGCCUCCAAGCAGAGUCCGGGGUACAGGAACCAGCACUGGAGCUCCAAUGGGAUAUUUUGACGAAGGCUUGGUCGUGUUGCUGUGGUGAGUGGUGUAACAAACUUGUGACAAACUUGUGACAAUGGUGACACAAAUAACAUGUCAUAAUAUGUAACAAACAUAUGUAAGCAAUUGUGUUACAGAUGUGUACCAAGCAUGCUACAAAAAGUAUUGCGAAUGUGUAACAAGCGUGUAGCUGUCGUGCUACAAAUGUGUACCAAACAUGUAGCACAUGUGUUACAAGCAUGUACUAACAUGUCACAAAUGCGUUACAGAUGCAUGUGACAGCUUGUAACACGAUGUAAUGCCUUUGUUCCAUGUAUUACAAGUGUAAAAACAUGUGUAUCAACCAUGUUACCAAUUUGUAUCAACUGGUUACAAACAUGUGAUAUACAAACAAUCAGGUAACAAUAUAUAACAAACAGAUCGAAGAGGUGUAACGGCUGUGUUACUAAUCUUUAUUGAGCAGGUUACAAACAUGCUACAAACGUGUAGCAAAUGUGUAACAAUCGUGUCACAAUGUGUGAUACACAUGUUACGGAUGCGUAGCACACACGUUACAAAUGUGUAACAAUCAUGUCACAAUGUGUAAUACACAUGUUACGGAUGUGUAGCACACAUGUUGCAAAUGUGUAACAAUCGUGUCACAAUGUGUGAUACACAUGUUACGGAUGUGUAGCACACACGUUACAAAUGUGUAACAAUCGUGUCACAAUGUGUAAUACAUCUGUUACGGAUGUGUAGCACACACGUUACAAAUGUGUAACAAUCGUGUCACAAUGUGUAAUACAUCUGUUACGGAUGUGUAGCACACACGUUACAAAUGUGUAACAAUCGUGUCACAAUGUGUGAUACACAUGUUACGGAUGUGUAGCACACACGUUACAAAUGUGUAACAAUCGUGUCACAAUGUGUAAUACACAUGUUACGGAUGUGUAGCACACACGUUACAAAUGUGUAACAAUCGUGUCACAAUGUGUAAUACAUCUGUUACGGAUGUGUAGCACACACGUUACAAAUGUGUAACAAUCGUGUCACAAUGUGUGAUACACAUGUUACGGAUGUGUAGCACACACGUUACAAAUGUGUAACAAUCGUGUCACAAUGUGUAAUACAUCUGUUACGGAUGUGUAGCACACACGUUACAAAUGUGUAACAAUCGUGUCACAAUGUGUAAUACAUCUGUUACGGAUGUGUAGCACACACGUUACAAAUGUGUAACAAUCGGGUCACAAUGUGUGAUACACAUGUUACGGAUGUGUAGCACACAUGUUGCAAAUGUGUAACAAGAGAGUUACAACAUUGAGAGAACAUGUGACAGAUGUGUGGUAUUUGUGUUACUUGUGUGCCACCAAGCAGAUUACAAAUUUGUAACAACUAUGAAGCUAAUGUUAUCUGCUUGUAAACACAGAGCACUUUCGUUGUACAGUAAGUCUUCCUUUGUAGAAUGCAGUUAAAACAUACAGGCAGUGUUGACAUGAUAUCUCUAAUGUAUAUGUCUGUUUGUAAGCGUAUAUAUUGAAACUUGAAAACUCUAAUUUUAGCACAAAUUCUCAACAUUCAAAACGAUAUUCCUGACACAAAUGCUUACAUCAUGCAUUACAUAUAUACAUUUUAUUU